AGGAAGACAGCCCAAAGUGAGGUGGGGAUAGGAAAUCAUUUAGUUGGUUCGCUACUGGCUGGAGCUAAAUAGCGAGGUGGCGAGAUUACAAAUCAACAACAUAUAUAUUAGUCAUUCUGAUACAUACAACGAUGACCCGCUAACCCCAAGAAUGGACAUAAGUUAAUUAUGACGGGGGAGAAAAAGAAGAAAAAGCGGCUGAACCGCAGCAUUCUUCUUGCAAAGAAAAUUAUAAUAAAAGAUGGAGGCAGCCCCCAGGGAAUUGGUGAGCCCAGUGUUUACCAUGCCGUGGUCGUCAUCUUUCUGGAGUUCUUCGCCUGGGGUCUCCUCACCACCCCAAUGCUCACGGUAUUGCGCCAGACAUUCCCCCAGCACACAUUCCUGAUGAAUGGGCUGAUUCAUGGAGUCAAGGGACUGUUAUCGUUUCUCAGCGCUCCUCUGAUCGGGGCGCUGUCGGACGUGUGGGGCCGAAAGUCCUUCCUGCUGCUCACCGUCUUCUUCACGUGCGCCCCCAUCCCGCUCAUGAAGAUCAGCCCAUGGUGGUAUUUUGCGGUGAUCUCCAUGUCAGGCGUCUUCGCCGUCACUUUCUCCGUCAUCUUUGCGUACGUGGCCGACAUCACGCAGGAGCACGAGAGGAGCACGGCUUACGGUUUGGUGUCUGCCACCUUUGCAGCCAGCCUCGUGACCAGCCCUGCCAUCGGGGCCUACCUGUCCGUGACCUACGGCGACACCCUGGUUGUGAUCCUGGCCACGGCCAUCGCCCUGCUGGACAUCUGCUUCAUCUUGGUGGCCGUGCCAGAGUCUCUCCCUGAGAAGAUGAGGCCGGCCUCGUGGGGAGCCCCCAUCUCCUGGGAGCAGGCGGACCCUUUCGCUUCUCUGCGUAAGGUGGGCCAGGACUCCACAGUACUGCUCAUCUGCAUCACCGUGUUCCUCUCCUACCUCCCAGAGGCUGGCCAGUACUCCAGCUUCUUCCUCUAUCUCAGACAGGUGAUACGCUUUACCCCUGAGACAGUGGCUGCCUUCAUUGCGGUGGUCGGGAUACUCUCCAUCUUGGCUCAGACGGUGGUCCUGGGGAUGUUAAUGCGCUCCAUAGGGAACAAAAACACUAUCCUGCUGGGCCUGGGCUUCCAAAUCCUCCAGUUGGCCUGGUACGGCUUCGGCUCCCAGCACUGGAUGAUGUGGGCGGCUGGCGCGGUGGCGGCCAUGUCCAGCAUCACCUUCCCCGCCAUCAGCGCCAUCGUGUCCCGCAACGCCGAACCCGACCAACAGGGUGUGGUCCAGGGGAUGAUCACAGGGAUCAGGGGUCUGUGUAACGGUCUGGGCCCGGCGCUGUACGGCUUCGUGUUCUACCUGUUCCACGUGGAGCUGACCGAUGAUGACAUCCCCGGGAAAGACGGCAAGACGAACAUGGCCAACCCCACUGACGAGAGCGCCAUCAUCCCGGGCCCGCCGUUCCUGUUCGGCGCCUGCUCGGUGCUGCUCUCCCUGCUGGUGGCGCUGUUCAUCCCGGAGCAAACGGGGCCCGGCAUGAGACCCGGGGCCUACAAGAAGCACAGCAACGGGGCCCAGAGCCACUCGCACAGCCCGCAGGGCAGCGGCGCAGAGGGCAAGGAGCCCCUUCUGGAGGACAGCAGCGUAUAGCCCCAGCUACCAGGGAGGGGGGGGGCUCAGAGGACGCUCGCACCCGCUCCCCCACUAUCUUCCCUCCCCACCACGCAUGGUUGGAUGCCACCCAUUGUCCUCGUGAAGCCUCCUUUCAUGCCCUCUGGUACACUGUAGAACCAAAGUGCCAGUGGAGGUUCCCGGAGGGCUGGGUGUGUGCAGGUGAAAUCCGUGGCACAAUUCCUGGACCCCGCCCCGCCCACAAAUUUUGUAGUGGCCUGUAUUUAUAGCAAGGUGGCAUGGAGUUAUGUUGGCAGAGAAGAUUGACCUUUUUUUUUGUGUGCGUGUGUGUGCAUUUGUUUAUGUGUGUGUGUGUGUGUGUGUGUUUUUUGUGAGAGAGUAAAGGAUGUUUUGCCGAGCUGGACUCUUUAGUUUCCGUCAGGGUAAAGCAGUGCACGUAACCGACCCAUAUAAGUCCCGUAGUUGAGGUUGUGAUGGGCCGACCAAAAUCCCAGCUGUGAGAUCCUUCUUGUUCUCUGUAUUAUAGCCUCCUGAGAGGAGAACGGUGCCCCUUGUGUCCAAUAAGAGUAUAACAGUUAGUUGAGCACUUGUUCUCUCUUGGCCAUUCAAAUGCUAACUGGUGUAGUGGUGCCUUUCAGUUGGGACUACAGCCACUUUUGAACUGUGAGCGGAGGAAAACUUCAAAGUUCAUACAGCAGGGGGCGUCUGAGGACGGACGAGUCUCCGUAUUAGAGCAAGAAGACGCCACCUUAUCUACAACGGGUUGAAUCGGCCAGUGCAGGAGGCAAAAUGCUUCGGUUUCUCUCCCUCCCAUCCCCAUUGAUUUUAGGCUUUUAGUCAACUGAGAAAUGUCCUCCUUACGGUCUAAUGAAGCUCUCCUCCACACAGAAGCAGUGUCCGUCUAGAUCAGCAGUACAGUUAGGGUUGUAUAUUUUUCCUCGCAUUUUUUUUUUUUAGGGGUUGGUUAUGCUCAAAGUUUUUAUUACAGAAAACAAUUGUUGCCGUGAAGCACCUUGAGAUAUAUAAAAUAUAAGUUAGGCAACCUGUAUGAAGACCAAGGUCUGAAUGGGCUCUUGUGAUCUAUCGCUCCCAUCGAAGCCCCGACAUGCAUUUCCAUUUCCUCUUAUUGGCUCCAACUUACAGUAACGUUAUUUUAUUCUGAGGUUAGGUUAGGUUAUGGCAGAGUUAAAGGUUUUUUUUCUUUUUGUUUUGCUUAUGCUUCUGCAAACCUAUAGUGUCUUUCGGAAAAAAUAUCAUUUUGGCUCAAUCAAAUAUCAUUUCUGCUCCUGCAGUUGGAAAAGAACUGAUUUUAUACGGGAAAAACAUGUACUGUUAAGUGGUUUAAAGGAAAACCAUGUGUUGUCCACCCCUGUGUUAACGGUUGCUCAAAGACUACAUUUCUUGCAGCGUUUUGGCUCCAUCAAACAGAAAAUGUGCUGUUGUACAACUGGUGUUUUAUUUUAUACAUUAUUUGGAAUGACUGGUUUUAUAAAUGACUCAAGUGCAUUGAAAUAACCAAAUCAUAAUCUGAUCUGGACUAGUUAAAAGUGAGUGUGAAGCAUAAUUUUGUGCCAAUUUUGUUUUUCUGCUAUGGUUUUUGCAUCGUGUGUGUGUAUGUGUAUCAGUGUAUAUGAAUGUUAUUUUUAUUUUAUUUUUUUUGUUGUCUUAACUAUGGCUGAAUAUGUAUGUUUGAAUGCUAUUUCUCAUAGCCUUUUAAAACUUGAUCCAAUAUUUUUUUUGGAAUUGUCUAAAAAAUUAAGAAUUAUCAAGUGUCCAUUUUGGUUUUUGUCUUCGUCCUAAAGUCUCAAAUUAAAACCUUAACAUUUAAACAUCGAAGUUAACUACAGCUUUGAUAUACUUUUUUUGUUUGGUUCUAGAAUAUAAUAAGCAGAGGAAGUAAAAAUCAUUGAAUGUUCCAAGAAAAGCAUUACAUGUUAAUAUACAGACUUAACACGCAAUACCCCAACCCAAAAUCCUACGAUGGCUGCCAUAGUUUUAUUAUUUCACAGCAGGCCUGCAUAGACUAUUAUUCUGGCAUUAUUGUCUCAUCUCCCUUGUCUUUUAAUUUUUAACCCUUUAUUUUUUUUUAACAUAUUUUUGGACCAACACAUGCAAAGUGUUCCCCUGCGUUUGGACCUUGCAUAAAUUGAUAUGGUUCUGCACCAGCCACAUGUGCACACAUGCAACUCCUAGACGACUGUAAAUGUACACAAAUCACCUGUACAUACAGCUAAUGUAUAUAUCUAUUGCUCAAGGAGAUGGCCAUUAUUUGUAUGGUGCAUACAUAUAGAUUCCUAGAUCUACCUAGCUAGCCACUCCUUUUUUAGUACAUCGUGGUUUGUGGCCUGAGCCCCCUCUUUGUGUGCCUAAAAUUAGCCAAGAAACGAAAAUGGCAACAUGAGUAAAUGGUGGAUAUUCUGUAAAUAUGGGAAACUAAUGACAAACUAUUUAUUAAAGGUUUAUUGUACAUUGA